UCGCGCAUUCAGGCGCAAUUACUUGUCGCCGCGGACGGCUCCAACUCGUUCGUUCGGAAUGCCCUACAGUUUCCUACGGAGGGCUUCGAUUACGGACAGUCGGCCCUGACUUUUACCGUCCAACUCGCUUCGCCGCACCAUGGUCGCGCAUUUCAGCGCUUCCUACCAUCCGGCCCGUUGGCUUUAUUGCCGUCCUUUUCUCCAAACCACGCCGUUGUGGUGUGGAGCACAUCACCCGAGCAAGCUGGGUCUUGGAAAAAUCAGUCCGACAAGAACCCAAAGGAAAAUUUGACCAAGCAAUUAAACGAACUACUCCAGCAAGGCCCAGCACCGCCCAAGGUGGAGGCCAUCGUUUCACCGCGCUUCGUAUUUCCCCUAUCUUGCCGCCAAGUGACUUCGUACGUGCAGCCCCGCGUAGCGCUCGUCGGGGAUGCUGCCCACUCGGUCCAUCCUAUGGCCGGACAAGGUUUGAAUCUCGGACUGCAGGACGUUGCCAAUUUGGCCGAUACAAUAGGGCAGGCGAACAGUGCUGGUAUGGACAUUGCGACCUUUCUCGAGGAUUACAAUCGCUCGCGGCUAUCCCAAGUCUCGGCAACUCUAGCCGGAAUUCACGGUCUACAGCAGUUGUUCGGAGCACAGCAGGUCUGGGCUAAACACGCCAAAAGCGUGGGCAUGAAUAUGAUUCAGAACGUCCCGCCCUUGAGACAACGACUCGUUCAAGCCGCCUGUCAGGGAGUGUUGAAGGAUUGA